AUGGAUGAGAGUAAUCAUGGAGGCUCACUCCCACCUUUCCUCACCAAAACGUACGAGAUGGUUGAUGACUCCUCAUCUGAUUCAAUCGUCUCGUGGAGCCCUCAAAGCAACAAAAGUUUCAUCGUUUGGAACCCACCAGAGUUCUCAAGAAACCUUCUUCCAAGAUUCUUCAAACACAACAACUUCUCAAGCUUUAUCCGACAGCUUAAUACAUACGGUUUUAGAAAAGCUGAUCCUGAGCAAUGGGAGUUUGCGAAUGAUGAUUUCGUGAGAGGUCAGCCUCAUCUUAUGAAGAACAUUCAUAGACGCAAACCUGUCCACAGCCACUCUCUAACGAGUCUCCAAGCUCAGCAGAACUCAUUGACUGAUUCAGAACGACAGAGAAUGAAUGAUCAGAUCGAGAGACUGGUUAAGGAGAAAGAAGUGUUGCUUGGAGAGUUACAUAAACAAGAGAGGGAACGAGAGAUGUUUGAGGAACAAGUUAAACAACUUAAAGAUCAGUUACAAGACAUGGAGAAGCGUCAGAAGACAAUGGUUUCGUUUGUCUCUCAAGUGUUGGAGAAACCAGAGCUUGCUUUGAAUCUCUCUCCGUAUCUACACGAGACAAACGAGAGGAAGAGAAGGUUGAACCAAACAUGUCUUGUUGCUGUGGGUGAGGAUGAGGAAGGCUCCACAAGCCCUUCUUCACACGCGAGAGAGCUUCAGGUGGAACAGUUAGAGUCAUCAAUAGCGGUUUGGGAGAAUCUUGUAUCCGAUUCUUGCGAGAGUUUGGGACAAGAAACAAGAAGCAUGAUGAUGACACUUGAUGUGGAUGAAUCAUCUACUUGUCCUGAAAGCCCUCCUCUUUCUUGCAUGCAUCUAAGUACCGACACGCGUAAGUCUCCUCCUUCUCCAAGGACUAUCGACAUGAACUCUGAGUCUAUGGCGCCUGCUCCGCCUUCUCCAGGAGCAGGAGUGAAUGAUGUCUUCUGGCAGCAGCUUUUGACAGAGAAUCCUGGCUCAACUGAGCAGCGGCAAGUUCAAUCAGAGAGGAAAGACGAUAAAGCUGAGAAAUGUUGUUGGGAUUCGAGGGAUGUAAAUACUAUUACAGAACAGCUUGGACAUCUGACUUCUUGAGAUAGAGAAGUUGUUAUGUUUAAGGAUCUCUACUUCAGAUCCUUUUUUUUUUCUUUUUCUUCUUGUAACAAAUGUUUCUUUUUCUUGGGUUUGGUUCUGCUUUUCAGCAUCACAUGCAUGUCCUUUCAGUUAUAACUAUAUCAGACUAUUAGUCUUGUAGGACUAUAGAAGCUUAUCCUGAAAACAUUGUUCAGUUAUUU